CUGUAUUAAAUAUAACAGUCAGUCUCCGUCUAUCAGACUGAUGUUUGGGCUUGUCGCUGAACAGAGCUGAAGUCAAGAAACUCCCACUGUAACAUUUUCUUCAACAACAGAACAAUAACUUAGCUAUUGCUACCACCUACUCUCACUUGUCACUCCUUACACGAACGCUGUCUGUAUUUACAACCUAUAGAAGCUGCAUUUAAUUUUCAAAUGUUACUUAACUCACUUCUAGCUAUUUUAUUAGAUGCUUUUAAUUCAUCGAUUCCUUUACUACAAUAUUCUUAACAAUUGUAAUCUAUUAGUAAAUAUAUAUUUAAAAUUAUCAAUAAUUUCAAUACAUUCACUUAAGUAAUUACUAUUUUAUGUUUUUGUUACUGUCUUUGAUUUCAUCAAUAUUUUAACUGCUCAUCAUCAAUAUGAAGUUAGAUGAUUUACUUACUACCAUUGGGGAAUUUGGCCCCUACCAAAAGAAGAUAAAUUUUCUUAUAUGUAUACCAGCAAUAUCUGCAGCAAUCCAAGUAAUAAUAGUUGUCUUUAUAAUGGCCAUUCCAAAUCACAGAUGCCGUAUUCCGAAUCUAUCCAACGACACCUAUGGUAUUCAGAAUGAUUUUCACCAAUCUCUGAUAAAUAGGACGAUACCAUUUACCGUAGUGGACGGUAUGAAUGUGAUAGACAAAUGUCGCAUUUACUCUCCAUCCCAGAAUAUUUCGUACGAUGAAUACAAUCGCCCGAUAAAUGCCAGCUCAAUGAAAUGUCAGAGCUGGGUUUAUGACAAGUCAGUUUUUGAGAGCACCCUGGUGACUGAGAUGGACCUUGUCUGUGAUAAGCAGUUUGCCUCCACCCACGCGCAGAUGAGUGUGAUGGGGGGCUUCUUGGCAGGAGCAUUCGUCCUGGGGAGUUUAUCCGACAUAAUUGGUCGCCGGAAGAUUUUGCUAAUUUCGUAUCUUUUAAACAUUUGUACCGGUAUUGGCACCACCUGGGUUCCUGAAUAUAUUUCCCUGGCUGUGAUUCGUUUUGCACAAGGUAUAGCAUGUGCCGGAAUAAUUACAACGGCCUUUGUACUAGGUAUUGAAAUAGUCGGUCCUACAUAUCGGAAAGUCGCAGGAAUUCUUUUCGAGUUCUUUUUUGCUUUUGGAUUCGUCCUUCUCGCUGGUUUGGCCUACCUGAUCCGUAACUGGAAGUACUUAGAGUUGGCUGUGUCUCUUCCUACAAUUACUUUCGUAAUUAUUUGGUUAUACAUUCCAGAAUCCCCACGAUGGCUACAGAGUCGGGGAGACCGUGAACGAUUUGAAGAUGUUAUGCGGAAGAUAGCAGAAGGUAACGGCGUCGAAGUGUCACCAAAAUUGUUUGAUUCUUUAGAAUUUCGUGAAAAUUCCAAGACAGUACCAUUAUGGAUUAUAUUUACCUCUAAGAAGCUAACGCUUCAAAGUCUGAUUAUUUUCCUCAACUGGUUUGUCGUCAGCAUGGUUUAUUAUGGUCUGUCAUUAAAUAGUGUGAACCUCGGUGGAAACAUUUUCCUAAAUUUCUUCUUCAUAGGCCUGGCAGAGUUUCCAGCUUAUUUUCUUUGUAUACUUAUUAUUGAUAAAAUUGGUCGAAAGCCAGUUUACUGUGCCUCAAUGAUUCUGGGUGGAAUAUCGUGCGUGUCAUCACUGGUCACCAUGAUGUAUCUUAGGGAAUACAUUGGAUUUACCAUCGCUUUGACAACCUUCGGUAAAUUCAAUUUGGCAGCCUCUUUUGCUGUGAUCUACGUCAUUUCCGGUGAACUUUUUCCAACUGUCAUUCGAAAUGGCGCUGUCGGGACGAGUUCCUGUUUCGCAAGAAUCGGUGGUAUGGUGGCACCAUAUGUUGCAGAAGCAUCAAACGUUUUAGCAAGUCCCUAUAAUCAAUUAGUUCCUUCGUUGUGCUUUGGCCUAUCAGCCAUCGUUGCCGGAUGUUUUGCUCUCAUUCUGCCGGAAACGCUAAACAGGCAUCUUCCCGAUGAUAUUGCAGAAGCAGAAAAUCAAGAAAGGUUAGUUAUCGACAAAUUAUUUCAUAUUUACAUUUGAGAAGAACCAUCUUAG